AUGUAUUAUAUUUAAGGAUACAAAGGAUUGUUAGUAUAAUUAAAAAAAACCUUCAAAUAUUAUGAAAAAUAUUUAUUUUUUAAAUUUAGUAGAAAAAAAUUUACCUCAAAAUAAAAAGCACACUAUUUGUUUGAAUAGUACUUUUUUAUAUUUUCUAGUCGCAUAGCCCAGUAGAUUCAAUCCUUUUCUAUUAAUAUAUUCCCUGGUUAUUGA